UCAAAAAUAAAACGGUCAGGGUGCAUGCAGUAGGUCGUAAUAGAACGUGCUAGUUUCUUCGUCACUACCUAAAAGGAAUACAACGCAAAUGGGUGAGAGAGAGAGAGAGAGCAAAUCUAAUAACCCCAUUGUCAAACCAAAAACACGAAAAGGUAAAAAGAGACUUUUUGCUUUCCAAGAGAGUAAUGGCUGAGAGAGAUUGGCGAUAAUGCAAUGUUUGCCUGCCGUUUGUUGUUGUCUGCCUGUUUUGCCUGCAGUAUGUAACUAUGAAUGGGGGGUAAGUGCGUAUAAGUAUAGUAUCUCUGGUAACAUUCGAACAUUAACGUUUGAAACCGUCACAAGACAGCAAGCGUGGGAAUAUAAAUAACCAAACGAAAGAAUAACAAAAAAUAGACGCCAAGCGGAAAAACUGAAAAUGGUUUUUAAAAAUUGUUUAAAGAUCUCCUACAAAGGCUUGACCAGAAAUAUAAUCUGCGAUGCUUUGCUGCGUUAUGAGGAUAUUGUCAGCAAAAUAAUGGAAACAUUUGACUUAACCAACAUUCAUAGAGCCGCCAUACAAAUCUACGAUGAAAAAGGCUCUAAAUUCGACAAGGAUGUCUUUGAAUAUUUCCUUUUACUCUUUCCAAAUCCUCAAAAAUUAUUUUUCAUACGCUUGGAUAGUACAAAACUAAUAGAUGAUCCUUCGAAUGCCAUCAGAAGCCAAGGUGAAGCAGACACUCGCUAUACUUUCUCCAUAUCAAAGACGAUGAACAAAACAAAGAAUAACAACAAUUCGGACAAUAAUGUCGAGGCUGUACCAGUGCGUCGUCAAAAUUGUUUUAUUGGUCAAUGGCCGGGCAGCAGUAAUGCAUCGCCCAACACCACCACUAAUCUGGAGCCAGACAGAGGUCAUCAAAGGCAACAAAACCAACAGAAUAUUGUUCGUGGCAUUGUGAAUCGACUUAAAAUGUUUCAAGAAUCUCGUAUGAAAAGAAAAACACUAACAGCCAGCAGUACACCCACAGUGAUUAAGAGAUCAAUGAGAAUUUAAUGAUAGUUUCUUAAAUAUACCUGAUUUCAGUAGAGAUUAGUGUUCCUAAGGGGGUGUUUACAUUUGAAGAUAAUAGUUGUGUUGUGAAAUUAUGAAUUGAUUCAAUUAUUUAUUUAAAUUACGAGCGAUUUUUGAUUUGUGGAUUUUAAGUUUGCAGUUUAUUCCUCAGUUGUGAACAUCGCGUAAUAUGAGUAGAUUAAAUCGACCAUAUCUUAUAGUAGUACCUAUAUCAAAAUUAAUAGUCUUUCUAGUGAUAAAACAUUGGCGCCAUCUAAGAUACACAUACAUAUAUUUUUUUGUAAUUUCUAUGUAAAUAUGUAAAUUAUUUAAGAAUUAAAUAUAUAUUUUAUAAAGAUAUU